CACAGCAUCCUGCUACACUACAUCAGAAUGCAAAGUCCACCGUGUUAUAGCAGUUAUCCUGUAACUUUUUAAGUCUGGCAAUUCCAGUUACUGCUGCUGUACCUUUAAACUCUGGAAUCAAACCAGCAAAAUGAGAGCAAGCAGUGUGAGGUCCAGCCCUUCAGAGCAGCUUCAGAUGCCUCAUUGAGAGUUAUUGCACAGGGACAGGCGGUGCUGACAGGGCUCUGCCAAAACUCCUCUCCACCCAGCAACAUGGCAAAGCACAUGGCCCCCUUUCUCCUGCUUGUCCUCACCCUGGCAAGCUCAUCCCUUGCACAUCGGAAAAAGCUCCUGCUGUUCUUGAUUGAUGGGCUUCGCCACGAUUAUAUCAGCGAUGAAGCGCUGGAAUCCUUGCCUGGCUUCAGAGAGAUUGUGAACAGGGGGGUGAAAGUGGAUUACCUGACACCAGACUUCCCCAGUCUUUCCUAUCCAAACUAUUACACACUGAUGACUGGUCGCCACUGCAAUGUCCAUCAAAUGACUGGGAACUACAUGUGGGAUGCAAGUACAAAUAUGUCUUUUGAUAUCGGCGUGAAUCAAGAGAGCCUGCUGCCUCUUUGGUGGAAUGGAUCAGAGCCCUUGUGGGUCACUAUGAUGAAAGCAAAGAGGAAAGUCUUCAUGUACUAUUGGCCUGGGUGUGAAGUUGAAAUCCUUGGAAUUCGACCUACCUACUGCCUACCAUAUUAUAGUGUUCCAACAGAUGGCAAUUUCUCCAAUGCUGUGUAUAGUGCUAUUGAGCUUCUGAGAAGGGGCAGAGCAGAUAUGGCAGCAGUGUAUUAUGAACGGAUUGAUGUAGAAGGUCAUCACUACGGUCCCUCAUCUAUUCAGAGGAAGAAUGCCUUAAAAGCAGUGGAUAACGUAUUGCACAAUAUGACAAAGCUUAUCAAGGACAAGGGCCUGCAGAAUGACCUGAAUGUCAUUCUUUUCUCGGAUCAUGGGAUGACUGACAUUUACUGGAUGGAAAAAGUGAUCGAGCUGAGAAAUUGUAUCAACAUGAGCAAUGUUAUACAAGUAAAGGACCGAGGUCCUGUUGUAAGCCUGUGGCCAGCCAAGGAGAAGCAGUCCGAGGUAUACAAUAAACUGAAAAAUGUGCCACAUAUGACAGUUUACAGGAAAGAGGAUAUCCCUGCUCGAUUUUAUUAUAAAGAAGGGAAAUUUGUCUCUCCUUUGACACUUGUCGCUGAAGAAGGAUGGUUCAUAGUGGAGAGCAAAGAAAAGCUUCCAUUCUGGGAGAAUGGAACUGGAAAAAGAGAUGCCUGGCAGAAUGGAUGGCAUGGCUAUGAUAAUGAACUGGUGGAUAUGAGAGGAUUCUUCCUUGCAUAUGGGCCAGAUUUCAAGUCUAACUUCAGAGCCGCGCCAAUCAGAUCAGUUGAUGUUUAUAAUGUCAUGUGCAAGGUUGCAGGAAUACAGCCAUUGCCAAACAAUGGGUCCUGGUCGAGAGUGCAGUGUAUGUUAAAAAAUAAUGCCAGUUUGGCACCAUCAUUCCAGUGGAGCAGCUCUGUGCUGGCACUACUUCUGUUUGUAUUGUUUGUAUAACAGAUCUUGUUACUCCGGUCCCAAUACAAUGUCAGUCAGUG